UGACCAUCGAAUAUACCCCAUCUUCUAUAGAGUGCCGAUAAAAGUAAACUGUAGUAUUGUCCCGUUCUUCUUUAUAGGCGAGUCUGUUCUGCAACAGAAUAGCGGACAUUAACAACACAAUGGAUGUGAUAGCCCUACGCGCCAAUCAUCCAACGCAAGGCCAAACACUUAUCUUGAUUUCUCUAUUCUCAGUGUCGUCCACUCGUGCGACAUCAUCGUCCCGCCAUACAACCCCACAACUCGGAAGACCCAGCAGCUCUGGAAGCAUAACGCGAGUCUGUUACAAGCCACACAAUUAUGGUCAGCUAAGCAUCGAAUAUGGCGACAAGGACUACCACGCAAGGUCAAGGGCAUUUGCAAGCGAAACAGGGAUGGAUACGCACCUCUUUGAUGAGCUUGCGAAUUUUGGGAUACCGCGCCUUCACCUCUCCAGUAUCAAAUGUAACCACUUGCUCGUCCACUCCACCCACUAAUGUCAAAUCAUCAGAGUCGGCGAGUGGUAGAGGAGAUACACGACCGCUCUCUUGUGGUGGCUGAACAGCUGGCGUGGACCCAGAGGGGAGCACGUUGUUAUCGGGGACG